AAGAAAGGAUGAAGUGUCUGGUCACGGGCGGCAACGUGAAGGUGCUCAGCAAGGCCGUCCACUCCCUGUCCCGCGUGGGGGACGAGCUCUACCUGGAGCCCCUGGAGGACGGACUCUCCCUGCGCACCGUGAACUCCUCUCGCUCCGCCUAUGCCUGCUUCCUUUUUGCCCCACUCUUCUUCCAGCAGUACCAGGCGGCCGCCCCAGGCCAGGACCCCCUGCGCUGCAAGAUCCUGAUGAAGUCAUUCCUGUCCGUGUUCCGCUCGCCAGCUUUGCUGGAGAAGACGGUGGAGUGCUGCUGCCUCUCGCUCGGUGGCCAGAGCAGCCGUCUGGUGGUCCAACUGCACUGCAAAUACGGGGUGAGAAAGACGCACAACCUAUCAUUUGAGGACUCCGAGUCACUGCAGGCCGUCUUCGAUGCUGCCCGUUGUCCCCACCUACUCCGUGCCCCAGCCAGGGUCCUGGCCGAGGCCAUCCUGCCCUUCCCCUUGACGCUGGCCGAAGUGACGCUGGGCAUUGGCCAGGGCCACAGGGUCAUCCUGCGCAGCUACCAGGAGGAAGAGACAGACAGCCCUGUUAGAGCCAUGGUGACCGAGAUGAGCCUUGCGGAGGCCGACUUCCAGCAGCUGCAAGCCCAGGAAGGGGCAGCUGUCACAUUCUGCCUUAAGGAAUUCCGGGGACUCCUGAGCUUUGCCGAGGCAGCCAACCUGUCGCUCAGCAUUCACUUUGAUGUGCCUGGCAGGCCUGCUGUGUUUGCCAUCUCAGACUCCUACCUGGACUGCCACUUCGUCCUGGCCACGCUCUCGGAGCCUGACCCACAACCCCAGGCCCCAGGCCCCUCGACGCCCUGCCAGCCGCCAUCCCAGCCCCACAGCUCGCCCCACCUGGAUAGCUUUGCCAGUGACGACAUCGACUCCUACAUGAUCUCCAUGGAGACUACGGUGGGCAGCAGCGAGGGCUCCCUCCCCCCUGACCUCCAGCGCCCCUGCAGCCCCCACAGCCCUGAGGAGGAGGAAGAUGAAGAUGCGCAGUCUGACACAGUGCCUGGGACGCCCCCAACCAAGAAGUUCCGCUCGCUGUUCUUUGGCUCCGUCCUGGCCCCCACACGGUCCCCGCAGAGCCCUGGCCCAGUGCUGGCCGAAGACAGCGAGGGCGAAGGCUAACCCAAAACUGCAGAACCUUGAGACUGGGCCCAGAGACCCUGCACCGACAGUGCCAGCCUGUGGCCUCUGUCCUGAAGAGCGGGGAAGGGUGUGGAAGGGCCUCCAACCCCCAAUAAUCAUGUCCAUGGGAAUCUUCUCUGCUUAAUCCACCCAGUCCUCGCUGCCUUCCCUUCUCUGCCAAUCAUGAGCAGCCACCCACCCCAGCUCCCGAUGGUGCACCUUGGGGAGGGCCGUGGUCCCAGCCAGUCCUGUGCCUUUUCUGUCACACCGGGCUGUGGCCUUUAACGUGCCAGAGGGCCCUGGGUACCCACCCUGGGCGCGACCAGGAAAACAGAAGCCGUGGCAAGAAUCCAGCUUUGACCUUUAUUCAGAGACCAGAUGUGCUGCCCUGGAUCCAGCUGCCGGCCCCGGGCUGGCCCUUCUGCCCUUGCCGCUGACCAGCCGCACACGAAGGCAGAGGGUGCCGGGGGAGGGACUGGCGC